AUUCACAAUAAAAGAUCGUUUUGGUUGUGGCCGCGUAUGGGCACAUUUCUGUGUGGCAGUCGCAGGCCACUUUCACUACCUACUAUAGAGUUUCCUCUGAAUUGGUAGCGGAACCUCAGCACUCCACGGGAAAUAAAGAGAUUCCUGUCAUCGGUUUUCUUAAAAAAAAAUACCUUGGAGACAGAAUUUUGAAGGCUUUCGUAGUUUGCGAACUACCUUCAAUCUGUAAUCAUGUCGAAGAAGCUUUUGGAUUCUUCGGACGAAGAUGAGAAGCCUGAUUUUUCCUUCAGGGUUAAUACGGAUUACGCUAGCAAGUAUGACGACUGGCGAGCGAAAGAAGAAAUGCAGAAGCUUAAGGAUAAGUACGGGGAUGAACCGAUGCCGGAAUCUUCCUCAUCAGAGAGUGAAGAUGAGGACGCGGAAGCACUUACUCCGGCUAUCGAGCGGGAUUUUUUCAAGACUUUGGCUGUAUUGAAAAGCAAAGAUCCAGGAGUGUACGACAAAACUCGCAAGUUUUUCGAAGACGGACCGGAAGCGCCCGGUGCCUCCGCAGGAAAGUCUGGCAAGUCGAGACCCAUGUUCUUGAAAGAUUAUGAAAGGAAAAUAAUCACGGAGGCUGACGGAAUCAUCGAUGAAUCCAAAAAUCACAUGCCGCCGAAGUUUCAGUCGCAGUAUGAUUUGGAGCAAGAAAAAUUGAAGCAAAACCUUGCAUCUCUUGUCCACGAUGAAUCCGAUGACGAUGAUGAUCUACUUGUGAAGCGCGAGAGAACGAAGGAACAAGUCGAACAAGAAGAUCAUGAUUAUGCAAACUGGCUGAAGAGUACGAAAAAAGAUGCGGAUAAUAGUGAAUCUUUGUCUGCAUUAAAGCCUUUGAAGGACUAUUGGUCAGAUCCAACGCUGGAUGACGGCGAAAAGUUCCUGCGGGAUUAUCUCCUUGACCGGAAGUACAUUGACAAAGAUGCUGCUCGGAUUCCUUCCUAUUCUGAAAUCGUGGACGAACACUUUUCAGAAGAGGAAGCAGAGAUCGAUAAAGCCGAAGAAUUUGAACAUAAAUAUGAUUUUCGAUUUGAAGAGCCGGAUCAAGAGUUUAUUAAGCGGUAUCCGCGUACGAUGGAUGACUCGCUGCGUAGGAAAGAUGACAGCAGGAAGAAGAAACGAGAUCAGAUAAAAGAGCGAAAGGAGGCCGAAAACGUACGAGUUCGCGAAGAAAUCAAGCAGUUGAAAAAUCUCAAACGACGCGAAAUUCUGCAGCAAAUUGACAAACUUAAAAGUAUUACCGGAAAUGAAGAACUGUCUUUUGGAGAAAAAGAUUUGGAAGGCGAUUUUGAUCCGGAUGCGUACGAUAGCUUAAUGCAAAAAGCGUUUGAUGACAGUUAUUAUCAGAACGGGGAGGAAAUGGAAAAGCCCGAGUUUUCCGAAGAAAGCGAUAUCGAUGAAAAUUGGCUUGAAGAACAAGAAGCUGAUCGAGAGGACGAGGACGAUGACAAUCGUAAGCAACAGGUCAUGGCACAAUCUGAUACCCAGGCGGUUGCCGAUGAUGCUGCUGCGCCCGAUGAUCUGCCAUCCACCAGUACAUCGAUGACGGAACGUAAAGGCAGGAGACGGAGACGAACAAAAGUGUCAGAAGCAGUGCAGAAUGAAAAGCCUGCUUUUGAUCCGAACGACAAGAAACUGCAAGAGUAUUUGGAUGAAUAUUAUAAAUUGGACUUCGAGGACGUUGUCAGCGGAAUACCAUGUCGUUUUAAAUAUCGAUCCGUUGUCCCCAACAAUUUUGGAUUAUCGGUUGAUGAGAUUCUUCGCGCUCCUGAUCGGGAACUGAAUGCAUGGUGCUCCUUGAAAAAGACGGUACAGUACCGUUCAGAGGAAGAAGAGGCACGCGACUUGAAAUCGUUUGGCCAGAAAGGAGCACAGCAAGAAUUGAAACAGAGAGUUAUUCCUUCGCUUGUUGAGGCGGAAGUUAGUGAGACCGAUGAAAAUCCAGCACAGGUGGAGCAUAAGAAAAAGCGCCGAAGGAAGAAGAAGAAGACCGUUACGUUACAAGAGGAUGGUGUUAAGCCAGUACAGGUUCCCGCAACGGAUUCCACUGAAGCCACGCCAAGCAAGAAGAAGAGAAAGCAUACGGAUACUGUUGAUCCACUCGGUACCGAAAGUAAACUACCCGUGCAUACUCCGGUAGUCGGUUCUGAAAUUCCUGGUGUGAACGUGAAGCCGAAUGAAGUUCCCAGAGAAUUGGCAGCAGUGAACGAUGCAUUGAAUUUGAAUUCUGCUCAGCAGAAGAAACGCAAGCGGAAGAAGAAGAACAAGAAACCCGUGAAUACGAGCGUCCCUCUUCCUGGCUCUGCCGAGCCGGCUGCUAAGAGGUCGAAAAAAGAACAGUAUGAUGAAUUCUUGAAGACAUUGCCGUCAGCUAAAAUCAGCGAUAAGCGCUUGGAAGCAUAUGGACUGAAUCCGAAAAAGUUUAGGCAAAAGGAAAAAUACGUUUUGCUGGCUAAACAAAAAAUUGGGCAGGCAAAGAAAUCGAAUCCCGAAUGAUACUACUGCCAACAGGGACAUACAAUGUAGGACAAAAUGGUCGCAUAGCCCCAUACCCAGCAUUCUGUACGCAAGCGGUGCAGUGCACUUGUACGAAACGGAUAUUUUGAACUCAGUCGUACAGUGCAGUGUGCUGCAUGCGUACUGAAUGUGGAGAUGUUGGGUAUGCGACCAUUUCGUCCUAAGCUGUAAGUUGCAGAUUGUGUGGUGAUGGUUUUGUGUUUCGUAAAAUGCUAAUGUCAUGUCAUUAUGUUCGUGUUUUAGCAUUAGAUGAGACUUGUUGAAUCUUUAUGCGGUAUGGUGAUCCCGGGUAUACCCGUGUCGAUGAAAAGCUUUAGCUGGAUUUAACGGGGCAGUCCGGGCAGACAAAAUUAAUGCAGC